CAUGCUGCAGCACACGAGCACGCAGGCCGCUCAAGAAGAACGUCGCGCAAUUAAUAUUCUUGUAAUUUACUUGUAAUUAUUCACGGUCAUUUGGUCAUCAUACUUGUCGUUUGAACGUCGUCUCCCUGUGCCUUGCUGGCAGAACACUUGGAGCUGCCAAAUUCUCUGGAAACUAGGGUGUUAGUAAUACCUCAAGAUGUCUGGUGACGACGCUAGAACGACCGCCGGCGUUAGAGAGUUCCUGGGAAUUCUAGUAGAGGCAGAUGUAUUUGCAAUUUUGAAGACCACCACUGGCGGACUUGUUGGAAAACAGUCCAAGGACGAAGCCAUUACAGAAAUUAUUAAGUGGUCUGACGCAGUAUCGGUUUUAAAUCGUCGGAAAGUUACCAAAGAUUGUCUUAUGAGAUAUUUAUUAAAGAAGAACGUUCAAUUCAGCACACAAGCCAACAAGACGACUCUCUGUCAGCUUAUUCUUAAAACCUGGAAGUAUGCUCAGGAUGACCAAUUGCAGAAGCUUGCAUUCCAAGAAGAUCUUAAGAAGUUUAAACCUGCAAGUACUGCCUCCAGACCAUCAGCUUCAACAUCAACUCCAUUGACAUCACCAAUAACAAAGGAAACCAAGCCUCUUCUAAGUCAAUCCAAUAUCGAAGGUUUCUUCAAGAAAGAGACGAAGCCAAAGUUAGAUAAUGAAGCGACGGUUUCGACUUCUGGAAUUAGCGAACCGAAACGAAAGUUGGAAGAAGAUCCGUGUCCGUCAGCAGAAGUGAAGAAACAAAAAGAAAUUAUUAGCCAGAGCACCCCUGCCCCACUUCCCACUGAUGGUGAUAAACUAACAUCUACUAACAAUGUCGUUGCUACAAAGAAUUCUCACGAUGAAGCGCGACGAAUGGUCACUACGUGUGAGAUAGGAAUCAAUACUGAUCCAUGUACAGACAUAGCUUUGGUUUCGAAUGCUCUUGCAGAAGAAAUUGAACGGAUAAAUUAUGAAAAUCAAGUCUCACUGAGACGAAGAGAACAAGAAUUGGAACAAAGACUUGGAUAUGAAUUUACUAAAUGGUAUUAUGAGAGAUACAAUUCUUUAGUUGAUUUUAUCUCGGCUCACUUUUGGGGUGAGUGUAAUCUUCGCAUAGAAUACGCAGCGAAAGGUCUUCAAAAUGGGAAAGUAACAGAAUUCCUCAACGAUGGACAGCGAUGCUUUGAAGAACUAUAUUCUCUCCGAUCAAAAGACAAAUUAUUUUUCAAUCCGAACCUCUUAACGGGAUUGCGUAGUAAGAUGAAUCCACACGGAUUAGUUCAAAUAAUGGUAGCAGGCACCGUGCAUCAGCCAGAUGCAACAGGAAGACAGGCGGGCUUAUUUGAGCAGAUGUUUGGGCUGUCGAGGGAUCCCGCGAUUGAUAAUAAUUACAAAAUAAAAUUUAGCAUGCUGCUCUUCCGAGAGGAUAGCCAAAUAUUCGUCAAUCAACUGGCUCUGUGCGACUCCUCUUUGAAAGGAGUAAUUGACGACGCUGAUGACGAUUAUGACGAAGACGCUCCUGAUAAUAGUUUGGACUAAUAAUGAUUAUAAUCAAUUAGGGAUCUGGUCCCUACUUGGAUUUUAUGAAUGUGUCGGUAUCAAAUAUAAAAUAUAACGGUUGUGCUGUGUUGUAAAUUUAACAGAUCUUGGAAUAUUUGUUAGUUUUUGACAUGUAUCUUUAAUAUUGUAAUAUUUCAGUAAUUAAUAGAUACACUCUGAAACGGUUAUUAAUUAGUAUUGAAAUAUUGGUAUACUUGGAUAUUUGCUGUUUAUUCAUAAACGUGCUAUUUAUGCACGCUUUCAUUUUUGUAAAUCUAUCAUACAUUAUGUAGGCCCUUGUAUAACAUUAUUAUAUGUAUGUAUACUUAUAUAGACAAAUGUAAUGUGUCGACAGUAGCUUAUUCAUGUGAGAACUUGCGUUAAAUUUUAUUAGUUAUAGUUUCUUUGAAAAAACUUGUAAAAAUUGUCAUUCUGCUUUCAGGAAUAAAAUUCUUUAGUCCAACGUUGUUCAUGAAACCCCAA